AUGGUUGACAGUCAUCAUGUCUUCCGGCGUAAAAAGCAGACCCUCUACCUCGCCGCCGCCUCGAUCCGGCUCCUCUUCUUCGUCGCCUUCCCACACCUCGCCGACCUCUUGACGGCUCGCGUAGAAGUCUCGACGCCCGUGACGAGCUUUAAACGAUUCCAAGAAGGCCUCUACCUCUAUAAUCACAACGUCUCUCCCUACAAUGGCGGCGUAUUCCACCAGGCACCGCUCCUCCUACCCAUCUUCUCGCUCCUCCCCGACAACCGAUCCCUCCCCAUCGUCACCUUCCUGCUAUUCAUAGCUCUCGAUAUCCUCACUGCCGAUGCGCUCUCCAAGAUUGCCGAUUCCGGUGAGGCUGGAAGCUCGAGGCUGUUCACCUCGCCCCGACGCGAGAAGAGGUGGAGCGGUCUUCGCGUCGCAGCAGCCUACCUCUUCAACCCUUUUACCGUAGCGGCAUGUCUCGGACGGUCCACCGGCCUGUUUACGUCAUUCAUGGUCGUGUUUGCCAUCUCCAAGGCGAUCCAGGGACGACCCUUGACCUCCAUGGUUGCGAUAUCCUUCGCGUCCUACCUGUCCAUGUACCCGCUUCUCCUUGCGCCGCCAUUGAUGCUUCUCGCGUUUGACCGCCAGCCCGCAUCUCGCCGGGUGGCGGCGCCCAAGUUCUAUGCGGUCAAUGUUGCCGUAGUAGCUGGGACAAUUGGGUUUCUCCUCUUCCUCUCGUUCCUCGUGAGCGGCGCGUCUUGGGAAUAUCUGUGGAGCACGUAUGGCAUCCAGCUGACUCUUACCGAUCUCGCCCCCAACGUCGGACUCUGGUGGUACUUCUUCAUCGAGAUGUUCGACUCCUUCCGGGCCUUCUUCCUCGGUGUCUUCUGGCUCCACCUGUCCUCCUACGUCGGCGGCCUCUCCAUCCGCAUCCGCACGCAGCCUCUCGCUGUGCUCACGCUGCUCCUGGGCAUCUUCUCCAUCUUUAAGCCGUACCCGUCCAUCGCCGACAUCAGCCUCUUUAUCGGCUUCAUGCCCUUGUACAAGCACCUCUGGCCCCUCAUGCGCUACUCCUUCGUGGGGACCUCGACCGUCAUGUACGCCACCACCCUCGGCCCCGCCUUUUAUCACCUCUGGAUCUACGCGGGCAGCGGAAACGCCAACUUCUUCUACGCCAUCACCCUCGUUUGGAGCUUGGGCCAGAGCUUGCUCCUCUCGGAUCUGGCCUUUGCCGUCCUCCGCGACGAGUGGGAAGUCGAUCGGCCAGACAUGGUGGGCAAAGAGAUUCGACAAAUCUAA